AUGGGACCAGAGGCAGAAGGAAUAUUCAAGUCUUUCGCACUCGCUAAUGGUGACGAGAAGAAAUUCAAGAAGGUACUUGAAAGUUUUGACAAGUAUUUCGUUCCAAAGAAAAACGUGAUUCAUGAGCGCGCCAAAUUCCACAUCCGGAGCCAGCGCCAGGGAGAGUCAGUUGAGGAAUUCGUCAGAAGUUUACACGAGUUGGCCGCGCACUGUGAUUUUAGAGAUAAGAGCGACCAAAUCCGAGACAGCAGACAGCCUAAAGCUAAGGAAAGAGUUUACAAUAACUGUGACAAGUGUAAUAUGAAGCACAAUCCUGGAAACUGUCCAGCAUCAGGGAAGAAAUGUUUAAAGUGCGGGAAAAAAGGACACUUUAAGAUAGUUUGUCGAAGUAAACCCAAACACAUAGAGGAAGUUCAAGGUGCAUGUUCAUCACCUGAUUCAUUCUACAUGGGUUCUAUUGACCUAAGCGAGUCGGACAAUACAGACGCAUGGACAGUAAAGCUGAAGGUGUGUCGGAAGUACAUUACAUUCAAGAUCGACACUGGUGCUGACACAUCUGUGAUAACUGAAGCGACGUACAAUUCAUUGCCAGUAAAGCCCAAACUGCAGGCUUCAACAAAUCAGCUGUACAGCCCAGGAGGAUCGGUAGAGUGUAAAGGGAUGUUCGUUGCUAAGACUUUUCACAAGAACAACGAGUUUCAUUUUCGAGCGUAUGUGCUUAAGAACUCUAACAGUGGUUCUAAUUUGCUCAGUCGAAGUGUCGCACACCGUAUGGGACUUGUUAUGAAAAUCGAGGAAAUUCGGGAUGUGUUUGGUACACAUGGAUGCGUCAAGGGCCCACCUGUCAAGAUAACGCUUAAGCCUGGAGCCACACCAUAUUGUGUCACAACAGCUCGCAGGAUUCCAUUUCCAUUGAUGCCCAAGGUCGAGGCCGAACUAAACCGCAUGGAGAACGCUGGAAUCAUUGCGGCGGUCACAGAACCAACGGAUUGGUGUGCACCCAUCGUGACAGCAUUCAAGAAAAACGGGGAUGUUCGCUUGUGUGUGGACCUUAAGAAACUAAACCAGGCAGUCAAACGUGAACAUUAUAUGUUACCCAACUUGGACGACAUUGCCCCAAAACUGUGCAAGGCUACAGUCUUUUCGAAACUUAAUGCUAGUAGUGGGUUUCACCAGAUACCUCUAGAUCCAGAGAGUUGUCACCUUACUACCUUCGUAACUCCGUUUGGACG